AUGGAUGUCGAUUUUGAUUUCAAUCUUCGCAAUAGGACUUUGAAAACGUUUUUCGAAGAUCUUAUCGAUGCAUUCACUGACAACUUCCUCUCUAGAGACUUCCUUCAUGACUAUAUGUUGGAUCUGGAUUUCUUCAUCAACGUCAUCUUCAUCCAGAUCAUCUGCGUGCUAGGUGUUACCGGGAACAUCUUCAACAUCAUCGUCUUGACCAAACACGGUUUCCACGACACCACCAACAUCAUUCUGACGUCACUGUCCUUCUCGGACUUACUCUUCUCUAUCACAACAUCCAUGUCGUGUGUCCACAAUGCUAUUAAAAUCUACGACCCUUACCUGGCUAUGAAGGUGUACGUCUUCUACGCUAAACAUCUAGCGUUUGCUAACACCAUCUCUAACGUGUCCGGUCUAGUCCACGUCGCUGUGAUUGCUGUGGAAAGAGUUUUCGCCGUCUGUUUGUUGAUUGUCUUGAAACUUUGGAUAACAUCGAAAACAAUGCACCAAAACACUAGCAGACUUGUAUCAAGACAGGUCAGGGAUUUGAAGGCAGUCAAGAUGUUGCUGAUCGUCUGCGUGACCUACGUUACGCUGCUGGGUCCGCCGAUGUGUAUGGACCUGUACAUGCAGACGGCAGAGAUUGACCUCUCCACCGAGACCGCCAUGUUGAUUGUUGAGCGGUUCCUCUACCAGAUCAACGCUUCCAUCAACUUCAUCAUCUAUGUCACGGCAAGCUCUAAAUUUGCGAAAACGUACAAGGGAAUUUUUUCUUGUAAACGAAAAAUGAAAGCGUUUCAACGUUUAAAAGCGGUUGAAAAUCAUUAG